GAGCCUCACGAAGACCCCUGGCACGCCAGCGCGGCACGCCUUCCUUCCUUGUCACCCGCCCGGCGACCUCUCGGGGCUGGCUACGUGAGUGCCUGAUGGAUAUUUCUGCAUCAAAUAGCCCGCCUCUUUCUCCCUUGCGAAGGUUGUAUCAAGAGAGAGGAUGGAGCGGCCCUUGUGGAGGGAGGCGGUGAAUGAAUGAUAGAAAACUACAUCGUGACCAUCCUCGUGUCUAUAGCCGUCGGCUCCGUUCUUGUCCUGGUGGCCCUGGUGAAGCUCGUCCGAACCAACAUCCAUGCAAAUAUGUUCUGGAAUGAAAUUGUCCUUGAGAAAAUAACCAAUUUCGUCAUGGAUCAGAGCAAAGAGCAACGAAUCUUGAACUCCGUCUCCUACAAUGCCAUCAAAGGGAAUCCCCAGAGCGUCCUGGACUGCAUCGAUAAGUACUGCUCCAAGUGUGAGUGGGCCAUGAACGUGGGGGACGAGAAAGGUUUGAUCCUAGAUAAGAUUGUAGAGGAAACAGACCCGUCCGUCGUUUUGGAGCUGGGGACAUAUGUCGGUUACUCAGCUGUGAGGAUCGCUCGGCUUUUGAAACCGAAGGCUCGGCUUUUGACCAUUGAAUUCAACUCAGAAUUUGUGCCUUUUGCAAAAGAAAUUAUUGAGAUUGCUGGAGUCAGUGAUAAGGUGACCAUCCUAGAAGGCCAUUCAGAAGACAUUAUCCCACAACUGAAGAAGAAAUAUGAAGUAGAGAAGUUGGAUUUUGUCUUUCUGGACCACUGGAAAGAAAGAUAUGCCUCAGACACCAUCUUACUUGAGGAAUGUGGCUUGUUGCGGAAGGGCUCCGUCCUCCUGGCUGACAACAUCAUCUACCCGGGGGCACCGGAGUUCAUCAAGUACAUCCGUAACAACAAGCGCUUUGAAUGCACCAACUACCCCUCUCACCUGGAGUACAUGAAAGUGGAGGACUCUAUGGAGAAGGCUGUCUACCUGGGCCCUGACGCUGAGUAGCAUUUCACAGUCGGUCCCACGAGGCUGAGCACCCCUUUUAGUCCUGUCUGUGUUUCAGAUUUUAGCUUUCUGUGAUUUGGGGCCAGUCAUGAAUGUGAAACAAGAGAGAGCUGGGCUUGAAGAGAGAGACAGAGAGAGCGAGCGAGAGAAAGAGGCUGUGCAGAUACUAGGUGUAGAUCAACCCCUCUCCUAUAUCAGUUGAUGUUUGUUUUACAGUAGCGUGUCUAAAAGUGACAAGGCUAAAAGGUAAGGCCCAAAUGUCAAGAAGUCUUAGCAGUUUCUUAGCAGAACAAGGCCCAGGCCUCUUGGAGAAGUACGGAUGGAGCAGGCAAAGAAGCUGCAUCGAGCAGGGUUCCUCUCCCCCAGGUGUGGAGGAGAUUGGGAAAUAAAUGGCCGUGGGCGAUUCACCCCCUUGUUUCCCGAAGGAGGGAUCCCACGCCCCAGUCAAGGCAAAUGCCAGGCCCACCCAGUGAUGGCUGCGAGAUUUGCCGAGGAAGCCACAUGCCGGAAGGAAACACAAGACAGACCGUAACAGUCGCAUAACAAGAAGCAUCUUCUCCCUGCUGGAACAUCAGAAUUACAUAAGCCGCUAAGACCCCGCAGGAAGUCUGUUUUCUUCGAGCCCCUGCUGCAUCAGUCUUAAUCUCUCUGCCUGCUCUUUGGGAUCAAGAUGUGCCGUGCAAUGCAGAUGCCCUGCAGCGUUUCCUGGACGAUGGGUGAAAAGUUGUGCCUUUCUGGCUUAUUGUACCACUUCCGUUAGCUAGUCUUUUGGCACUUUGAAAGUACUAAGCAUUGUCAUCUCCUAAAGGAGACACUCUGUCCACCCAAAGUUUAUGUCAUGCAGCUGAGUGAUCCCUACCCAAAGUAACCCAUCGUUCAGAUUAAUAAAUAUAGUUUUUCCAAAGAUAA